AUGAAGUAUACAAAUCCAGUCAUUCCAGGCUUCAAUCCGGAUCCCUCAAUCGUCCGAGUCCACAAGGAUUUUUUCUUAGUUACUUCGAGCUUCGAGUAUUUUCCAGGUGCACCCAUCUAUCACAGCAAUGACCUGAUUCAAUGGAAACUCAUCGGUCAUGCAUUGACGCGACCAGGUCAACUCCAAAUUCACACACCGGAACCGGGUGGUGGUGUCUGGGCGACUACGAUCCGCUACCACGAUGGAGAAUUCUACAUCAUCGCGGCAAGCUUUCAGCGGUAUCGCCCGCAGGAAGACGAUCGCGUAUGGCCACGGGGCUUUUACGUCAAGACGAAAGAUAUCUGGAAUGAUCGCUCUUGGUCGGAUCCAGUAUAUUUUGGUCAGGUCGGAUUUGAUCAGGAUCUCUUCUGGGAUGAUGACGGGACGGUCUAUCUCUCUUCCACUUAUCGAAAAAUGGAACCGACACCCGGCGCAAAAUUCAAGGAUUUUGCCAUUCACAUCUGCACAAUUGAUCUCGCGACGGGCCAUUCGACGUCAGAGCCCAAGUUGAUCCGAGAGUCUUCUUCCGGUGUUGCUGAGGGCUCUCACAUCUUCAGACGAGGGCGCUAUUAUUAUCUAUUCACAGCAGAGGGUGGUACAGAGAGUGGACAUUGCGAAUGGGUGAGUCGAAGUGAGGUUGGACCAUUUGGGCCAUGGAAGUUGGGACCGAACAAUCCUCUCUGGCGCAAUGGCAUAAAUGGGGACGUUCAAAAUACCGGUCACUUGGAUCUGGUUGAAGACGAGCAAGGGCACUGGUGGGCAGUUCUGUUGGCAGUUCGGCCAGUUCGAAAGGAGAAUGGAUGGGAGGACUCGGUCUUUGGAAGAGAAACCUUUCUCGUGCCGGUUGAGUGGGAGAAUGACUGGCCCGUCGUCAAUGCUGGGAAAGAGAUCACGCUCCGAUCUGAGGGACCCGGACUCUAUGAGCAUGAUAUCCCGGUCGAAUGGCGAGACGAGUUCAGAGGCCCGCAGUUGAGCUUGGGCUGGUAUCGAAAAAACACACCACUUUCAAUUGACUACUCUCUCACCGAGCGUCCAAACCACCUCCGCCUGUACGGAGGACCCUACACCUUGUCUGUACCAGCUUGUCCGACCAUGCUCCUCCGAAAACAAACCCAUCGACUUUGUACCUGGAAAACAAAGCUUACCUUUCAUCCGGCCUCCGAACAUACCGAAGCCGGGACUGUGCUCUGGUGGAACUAUUUCACGCAUAGCACUCUAGGCAUUCGGCGACAAGCCGAGCACCGAAUUCUCAGAUUCACCCCAUCGGAAGGGAAGUCCAUCGAAGUAUGCGUAGAGUCUACCGAGGAUGUUGUGCUCCUGAUUGAAUGCGGUUCAAAGUAUCGCUUUGGUUACCAGACCUCUGCCAGUGCAGAGACAUUAUGGAUGGGUGCGGUCUCUAAUGAAGUAGCGACGAGGGCGCCGCCUGUAGGAGCCCCAUUCACAGGAAUGAUGCUUGGGUUGUAUGCAUUUGGAGACCGACAACAAUGCCUUACUCCAGCUGAUUUUGCAUACGCCUGUUUCGAAUAG